AUGCCGCGAGCUCAAAACAUUCGGCUCUUGGGAGUUGGUCUCCUGGUAUUGUUGACUUUUGUUUGUUGGGAUGGUAUUCGAUCUGCUUUUGGUCACCAGAACCAUGUCACAGAACAGAAAUUCGCCAGCUUUGGCAAUUUCGUGUAUAAAGCAUUAAAAGAAAAUUCUCCUGGUGAAGUCGACAUACAGCGAACAGGCCAAGCAGCUGCUGUGGUCUUUUGGACGACCAAUGCAGAAACACUCAGGCCGGAUCUUCUUAAUCUCACAUCUACUGAUGUUGCCACCAUGCGAUUUGCGCACAACUCAUACUUGAACUCUGUACAACGCAUCAGUAUCCCUUCUCAGAAAGGUGCUUCAGGAAUUGUUUCCUCGGCUUCUGGAAGAUACCUGCCGGUGUUUGUCAUAUCGUUGAGGAUGCUGCGGAGAACUGGAUCGCAGCUACCGGUUGAGCUCUUCGUGGACACUGAGGCGGAGUUGGCUUCACAUACAUGCCAGACGCUCCUUCCUAGCAUGAAUGCACAUUGUUUGCGAUUGGAAGACCGUCUUGGACGAUGGGCAAAGUACCUUGCAAGCUUUCAAGUCAAGGUGUUUGCCAUUCUGGCUUCUUCAUUCGAGAACGUGCUUUUCCUAGAUGCCGACGCUUUCGUGGCUAAAGAUCCUUCCCAUGUCUUUACGCAACAGCCAUUUUCGUCUACUGGUCUAGUCACUUGGCCAGACUUCUGGGCAUCGUCUGCUUCUACGCAUCUCUACGAAAUCACCAAUCAGCCCGUGCCAGCUGUGAACGCACUCGCCUCGACAGAAUCUGGACAGCUUCUAGUCUCCAAGUCCAGUCAUGCAUCAACUCUCCUCAUGGCAGCCUACUACAACUACUACGGCCCAGACAUAUACUACCCGCUUAUGAGCCAAGGCGGCCCCGGCGAAGGCGACAAAGACUCUUUCAUCCUCGCCGCCAGAGUAGCCAAAGCACCCUUCCACCAAGUCAAGAAAUGCGUGGAUACCAUAGGUUACUACGAGCAUGGAGACUACCACGGAGGAGCAAUGCUGCAAUACGAUCCCACUCAAGACUCAUCGUCUUCUGCUGCUAGCGUUACUACCAUGGAUAUCCCGCCAGAUGCAUUUUCCGUGCAUCACAAUAUCCCCAAGUAUGAUCCUGUGCAGUUGUUUGAUGCUGGUGUGCUUGUCGAUGCAAAGACGGGGAUACCGCAUCGAUUGAUUGGCACCAAGGAAGAGACUGAGAAGAGAUUUGGUAGGGACAUUGAGAAAGAGCUUUGGGAAGAGAUUGACUAUGUGUCUUGCGAGCUUGGAGAUCAGAUUGUAGGAUGGAAGACGAUACCUACGACACAAGAUGAAAACGGCACUUGCGACAAGGUCCGCUGGUAUCGGAAGGAGCUGUUUAUAUAA